AUGGAGGUGAAGAAUGACACCAAAACUAUCGCAGCUCACCCCGCCAGCACUGGCGAGGGCAGUAUUGGCGAUGUCGGCACGUAUAUUGACCCUGUAAAGGAGGCGAAGAUGAUGCGAAAGUUCGAUAUAUACGCGGUUGGGCUUCUCGGAGUCCUGAGUAACAUUGGCAAUGCCCAAACUGCUGGAAUCGGCACAGAUAUUGGCCUGGUCGGUAAUCAAUAUGGUACAGCCGUCACUCUGCUAUACGCUACCUACGUUCCCUUUGAAGGCCCGGUCGCAGUAUUAUUGAAGAUAAUUGGACCGAAAUACCUCUUGACAUUUUGUUGUUUUGCUUGGGGAGCUGUCUGCCUAGCUACUGGGUUCGUCCAGAAUUAUCAAGGCUUGUACGCAUGCCGUCUUUUGACGGGCUUCUUCGAGGCAGGAUUGAUACCCUGCAUCAACGUUUACCUUGGCAUGAUUUACAAAAAAUCUUCAGUAAUUUUCGCCUUCAGUGCUCUCGCAAGUGCCUUUGGUGGUUUAUUCGCCUAUGGUCUCACCCAGAUCGAGUCCAACUCGUACUUUAGGUCAUGGAGAGCCUUGUUCAUCAUUGAAGGUAUAAUGACAAUUCUCAUUUGCCCUGUAUUCUUCUUUCUAUUCCCAGAGUCACCAACCACUGCCAAAUUUCUCACUGCCGAGGAAAAGCAGAUGAUGAAGUUGCGUUACGAGCAAGACCAACACUGGGGAAUUGACGACACUUUUAGCUGGGACGCAGUCAUUGCAGCUCUCACAGACCCAAAGUUCUUCGCUCACUUCAUUUUCCAAUUCGCGGUUGACAUCUCGCUGUACGGGUUCACGACAUUUUUGCCAGCAAUCAUUAAAGGUCUCGGCUACACCUCAGUCCAGGCAAAUCUCCUGACCGUACCAGUGUACUUCUGGGGACUGAUCACGUUCAUUUUCACGGCCUACAUGUCGGACAAGCAGCGCAACCGCGGGUUUUGGAUCGGGGGUCCUCUAUUGUGCCUAAUUAUUGGUUAUGCCUUGUUGAUUUCCGUAGAGAGCGUACAAGUUCGGUACUUUGCUUGCUUUAUUGUCGUCAUGGGAGUCUAUCCAACGACUGGUAUGAGCAUCAUGUGGCUGAGCGACAAUGUUGCGCGUCACUUCAAGCGAGCAACAAUGGUUGGGGCCACUUUGACGCUCGGAAACACUGCUGGUGUGGCCGUGGGCCAGAUCUUUACCACGGAGGAUUCUCCCCGUUAUAUCACGGGGCUCUCGAUCGCCAUGGGUCUUGCUGCUGUCGCCUUGGGUGCCGUCGCCGCUUUGAUGAUUGGAAUGCAUCUCGUGAAUAAGAGACGUGAUGCUAGACUGAGAGAGGCAGAGGCCAACGGUACACCACUGCCACAGAGGCCAGAACUUGGCGACAUGGAUGUGUAUUUCAGGUAUUCCUUGUAG